AAGUGUGCCAAGCAUUAUUCAGUCAACGUCACAUAGUAGUUACACUCAAAAAACGCAAUUAUGUUCCGAUAUUACCUUCGCAAACUAUGUCUCUGCACGCUGGUCUUCUGGUUGAUAUUCAUACUGGUUAACUACAAACGAAGCAACUGGGACCCGACUCCGCCAAAUACAUCCUGGGAGAUCAACAUACAGCCAUUAACUCGCUUCGACCUCAACAAUACCAACCACAGUGGUACCAUUGAAAGUGUGGCCAUUGUAGAGUCGCCAUCCCGCGUAGCGUCCCAACCUGUCCAAAGGUUUUUUGUACUCAGUCCCAAGUGCCAAAUGCCGUAUUUGGAUUGGUUUGGUGACGAUAUAUGGAAGAUUGUUAAGCCCCUUAAGUUCAAGUCGUGCACCGACGAGCCAAGUUUAAUAAGUGUUCUUUAUAAUUCUGAGGAAAAGCUAUACAGACUGCACAUAAACUAUGAUGUGAUUUCUUCGCAUUUUCCGAAUGUUACGGAAUUUGGUUGUACAUACAACCAGAUAGUUCGUGGAACUGAUGACACAUUUUCAUAUUUAAUGCCACCCAAUGACUUUGGCCAGGAUUGGGUUGUGCCGAGUUACUUCUUAGGUGUUGUGGUGCAGUGUCAUACAUUAUCCAAUAGGACGCAUAUCAUUCAACAGGAUGCCUUCUCGUUUGUUCAACAACCGAAACACCACAAUGACAAAGCAGAUGCCAUUCGAGCAGCCACGUAUCCUAAUGUUUUCAUCUUUGGAAUCGACAGCAUGUCCAGGAUGAAUUUCCGACGAAUGAUGCCUCUAACCACGGAGUUUGUUAGCCAGCCAGGGUGGUUCGAAAUGGAGGGCUAUAACAAAGUGGCCGACAAUACCCUUCCCAAUUUAAUAGCCAUACUGACCGGGAGGAAUCCAAUGAGAUGGCGACGGCGUUGCGAUUUGCGAACAAAAGGAUGCAUGGACUCUAUGACAUUUUUGUGGAACUUCUUUCACAAUGCCGGCUACUUAACAGCCUACGCCGAGGACAUGAGCACCUUUUCUAUUUUUAACUACAUGAAGUGGGGUUUUAUCCGAAAACCAGUAGACUUUUAUUUGAGGCCCUUUAUGAUUAUAGCCGAAAAUAUCCUUAAAACGGUAAAAUACCUUGGUUUUAAGUACUGUGUGGGCAGGCGACUGAGUGUCAACUAUAUUUUUGACUUUGCCAAGCAGCUUAUCCAGCGUUUUGUCCACGAGAAUCCAAAGCCUCUCUUCGGUUUAUUUUGGACUAGUAGCUUCACGCACGAUGACUUUCGGGGCGGGCACAAUUUGGACGGGUUGUUUGUCGAUUAUCUGAAAGAAUUCGAGGAGUACGGAUUGUUUAAUAACUCCGUAGUUAUCCUGAUGAGCGAUCACGGCUCCCGUUUUGGUCUCUUGGCCCAGCACUAUACGGGUUUCUUAGAGGAGCGACUGCCCAUGCUGCACAUAUACCUUCCGCCCUGGUACCGGGAACGCUAUCCAUCGGUGGUGGAGGCUCUAGAGGUGAAUAAGAACCGUCUCUGCUCCAACUACGAUCUUCACCUGGGCAUCCGACAGCUACUAGAGCAGGUUCGUCCGGGACUCACUUUUCCCGAGCCCUGUGUCAAUUGCAAAUCAAUUCUUCGUCCCCUGCCGGUAAAUCGGAGCUGCGAAGAUGCCUUAAUACCCCGGCACUGGUGCACCUGCCAGCCCUUUGUCCAGGUGGAAAAUAGCGAGUUCGUCCAGUCACUGACGAGAAUGGUUGUCUACCGGAUGAACAAGUUCCUGCACAAACUGAAUCUUGAGGAGCACUGCCAACGUCUGCGAUUGAACCAGGUCCUGCGAGCGGAAAAAGAAUUGCACUUCGAUGAUCUUGGGAAUGGGAUAGCUCCUCCGCAUAACAUAAACACGUAUCGCCUGGUCUUCAGCACCCUUCCAAAUAACGGUCUCUUUCGGGCCACUGUGCACACUAUCUCGCAAGAAGUCGAAGUCACCGUCGAUAUGGAGUCGAUUAGUCGCCUGAACUCCUACGGAAAUGAAUCGUAUUGUGCCCAGGAUGCUAUGGCCAAGAAAAUAUGUUUCUGCUACAAGCCAGAGGUCUUGGCUCUAAAACAACGCUAUUCCCCAAAGGUCCAAAAAGUGGUCUAUGAAUAUUUGCAACAUCACGAAGAUGAUUUUUAUGAUGAUAUGGAAAUAACCAAAACUGUUUCUGGACUUGCCUAAAAUUAAAAUAUUUUAAUAUAAUACAUAUAUAUUAAUAUACAUAUAUAAAUAUAUUACAUGAUAGUGUAUUGUUGCUCUUUUAUUGCUACCCGGUACUCGUAGAGUGCAAGGGUAUAUUGUAUUCGCAUGAGUGUAUGUAACAGGAUCCCAAUAAAGAUAUAUAUACAUAUA